UAAUCCCCAGCUAUGGGAAGUUGUUGUAUAAAUUCUAUUUUGAAUGAAAGUGAAAUGUAUAUGGAUUUAUAUAAUUAAUUAUAAGAAACUGAGGAUCGUUUAAUAGUUAAAAACGAAGAAAUUUUAAAUAAUAAUGAAAAGAAGAAUGAUGCUGAUUAAAAUAAUAAUAAUGAUAAUAAUAAUAAUAAUGAUAAUAAUAAUAAUGAUAAUAAUAAUAAGAAAAAUGAUAAUAAUAAGGAGAAUGAUAAUAAUAAGGAGAAUGAUAAUAAUAAUAAGGUGAAUGAUAAUAAUUUUUUAUUCAGCAUCAUCAUACAGCAACCACAAUAACAAUAACCAAUAAUAGAGGGAUAAACAAGUAAUAUAACUAAUAAUGAAAUUAAACAGUCACAUCAAUCAAAUAACCUAAAUAAAUCAGGAGCCGAGCUAAAAUAAUAAUUGAAUCCUCAUAAGAUAAUUAGUAAAGGGGGUUUAACGAAAAGUGAAAAGAUAAAUAAUGAUAAAUAAUUAAAAACUAAAAUGUAAUAUUCACAUUGA